CGUGCGCUUGAGUAUCACUUCCAGUUGAAAAUGUCGAUUUGGUUGGUAGCACUCCUGGCGUUGUUCGCCGCCUUGGCGCACGGCAAACCCGGAUAUGGGCCCGGGGAGCAGGACUGGGGCUACGUAGAUGUGCGUCCCGGUGCCCACAUGUUCUACUGGCUGUACUACACCACCGCCAAUGUUUCCAGCUAUACCGAAAGACCAUUAGCCAUUUGGCUCCAAGGAGGUCCUGGUGCCUCUUCGACGGGGUAUGGAAACUUUGAAGAACUUGGGCCCGUCGAUUUGUACGGAGAUUGGCGCAGCUGGACCUGGGUGAAGGACAUGAAUGUCCUCUUCAUAGACAACCCCGUAGGCAGUGGUUUUAGCUACGUGGACAACACGGCCUAUUACACGGCCACCAAUAAGGAGAUCGCUCUAGACUUGGUUGAGCUGAUGAAGGGAUUCUAUACCCUGCACCCGGAGUUCGAGGAGGUGCCGCUGCAUAUAUUCUGCGAAAGCUACGGUGGAAAGAUGGCGCUAAAAGGUCUGAAAUCUAUUGAAACAGUGAACGAAUUGCUGGAGAAGACUCCUCUGAAGGUCGGCGUAUUCUCCGGUGGCCUGGAUUUGAUUUGCGCCACACCGGGCACCGUCAACUGGAUAGCCAAGCUAGACUGGAGCCGCAGGGACGAGUACCUGGCUGCUCCACGCAACGCCAUCACGGUGGACCGCAUCUUGGAAGGCUAUCAAAAGACGGGCGGUAACUUCACCAUGUUCUGGAUCAACCGAAGUGGUCACAUGGCUCCGGCGGACAACCCUGCGGCUAUGAGUCAUGUACUUCGAGAGUUUACUUCAUUUGGGUAAAUUCAUUAAAAUUGAAUUAUAAUAAACUCAGUAUGCAAGCCAGUUGUAUACUAUAUGUGUCUAAAAAUA